UUUAAUCUUGCUGGACCUGACAGGAGGGGACAGAAAAAAGGAGAAUAGUGAACAGAAGGAAAAAGGAAAGUAGAACGAAGAGAAAAGAUCCGGUAGAUAGAAACAACGAGCUUCAAUCCAUCCUAACACCAGACAACCAGCUGCUACACCUGUACAGAAACACAAGAGAGAAUUUCCUACAGCUUUUACAGGUAAACUAAGCCAACAAUCAUCAGGAACCGCCAGGUGUAGGGGUGUCAGGCUAGUCUUGCAGCCAACCAGGACGUGCUGAAGAUUUGCUGGAGAUAGAAAACGAGGGCGUGUAGGGUCAUCUCCACACACUGUGGCUACUGGGAGACAGCAGGACAUCAUAGGUGGUAAAAGGAAGCUGGUUUGAAGCUUUGAAUAGAAUAGAAUAAAAGCCCUUCAAUGUCAGACAGCUCCCUCCAAGAGUUUCCUCUUCUCAACCCCCUCCCAGCUCAUCCGGACCAGCAGAACUAAUCCCGAUCGGCAGGAUCGAUCUGUAGCGACAGGACAGAGCUAAGAACAGUUUUUAUGUGGUUCAACCAACACCAGACCCAGAAAAGUCCUUCUUAAACCAUCUCUCCUUCGGAUCUUUGGAGAGCAAAGAACUCACCAGAUGUUCUGUUUGUUUCCAGGAGAACCAGGAACUCCUCAUGGAUGUGGAAAGCAUCGAGGCCAUGAAUGAAAUCCGCCCGUCGGUCUACAGAGCCGCCAUGAAGCUGCUGUCUCUUCAGAGACUCUGUCACAUGGACAAUGUGCUCAUUAGACACAUCAUGGGUGCCUUCCAUGCAGUGGGCGGGACUAAGCUGCAGGAUGUUGGGAUGAACAGGGAGGAAGUGACCCACAUUCUCAACAGGAUGUUCCACAGAGCAUCACAGGAAGUUCCGGGUCAUGUGACAAUGGCAGCUCCAGAGGAAGCGUGCAGUGUCAUAAUGAGGCUGUUUAACAAUCGCCAGACUGGGUCUGUAUCGGCUUGCUGCCUUCAGACAGUCCUGAUCGCUCUCUCUGCAGACAACCUGAUGGACAAGUACACAAGUCUGCUGAGUGUUUCAGGGACUGGUUCAGGAUCUAUCAGCAGAUGUGAACUCAGAUCUCUGCUACAGGACCUCAGCCAGCUUCCUGCAGCGGUUCACGAGGAAGGAGUGUUUGGUGGCGUGGAGGCAGCAGUGAGGUCGUGUUUUAACGGGGUGUUGACCCCGACAGCGAAAGAGGAACACGUGUUGAAGUGGCUGCAGGGUGGGCCCCGCCUGUUGCUGUGGUUACCUACUCUGUACCGGCUGUCUGUCAGUCAGAAGGUCAGUCACGCUGUCCGCUGCCACACCUGUAAGACCUUCCCAAUCACUGGACUCAGGUAUCGAUGUAUGAAGUGUGUGAACAUCCACAUAUGUCAGAGCUGCUUCCUGACCAACCGACAGACCAGGAAACACAAGAACCACCAUCCAGUCCUGGAGUUCUGCACUCAGCCCACCUGGAGAGAGUCUCUGUCUUCAUUAGUGCAAAGUGCACGUCAUGCCCUGUUACCACAGCGCACACGCACACAGAGUGAAGCUGAUAGGAGGAGAGUCCUGAUAUGGGCGGAGCCAGGAGAGACCCAGGACAGAGCACCGCCCCCCUCUGAUGUCUCAACAAAAUUAGCUGCCAGUACCUCUUCUGACAUAAACGUUUCCCAUGAUGCCUUGCUGUGUGCUCCUCCUCCUCCUCCUCCCAGCUCAUCGUCAUCUAAAGUUCCUCAGGUAGUAGAGGAGCCGCAGGAUCAGCAGGCGGCGCUGCUGGCUGAAGUCAGGAACCUGCAGAGAGACAAGUGGCUGUUAGAGCAGCAGGUGCAAGCCUGGCGGCUCACUGUCCAAUCAGAGCAUGGCGUUCUGGAGGACAGGUGUUCAGAGAUGGAGGUUACCAUGAAAACACUGAGACAGCACAACGUCCAGUUGCAGGGCAUGCUCACACAGGCUUUGAGCAAGAUGGAGGCUCAACAAGACGCCAGGGACUCCCUACGCAGCUUCAACUCAGAAAACUCGGAAACCUCUGACUCCGAGAGAAACCCACAGGAAGAGGAGGAAAAGGAGGGAGAAGAGGGAGAGGAAAGAGAAGAAGGAGAGGAGUUGAUGAAGGAAAAGCAUGAAUGGAAGAAAAAUGAAACUCCAUCUCCCACAAUCCACUGGGACUCAACUAUGUCACAUGAUGAGUCUCCAGAGGUGUGUCAAUAUCAGCCAAGUGGACAACAGAAUGGGCCUGAGGAGGGGCGACAGGAGGAAGACCCCUGUCCAUCUGGAGGGGAGGAUUGUGGGAAGUGUAGUCCAGAAGACCUGCUUCAGGAGACUGUGGACAGACUGAAGACUGAAAUGGAGACUGGCAGAUGGACAGAGAGACAGACAGGUGAAAUGAAGAGGGAGGAGCUUCUGGAGGCAGCAGAGCAGGUUGGAGACAGGAUACACCACCUGGUGGACGCUGCGAGGACAGACUGAGGACGUAGGACACGGAGUCACCACCUGGUUGACGCUGCGAGGACAGACUGAGGACGUAGGACACGGAGUCACCACCUGGUUGACGCUGCGAGGACAGACUGAGGACGUAGGACACGGAGUCACCACCUGGUUGAAGCUGCGAGGACAGACUGAGGACGUAGGACACGGAGUCACCACCUGGUUGAAGCUGCGAGGACAGACUGAAGACGUAGGACACGGAGUCACCACCUGGUUGACGCUGCGAGGACAGACUGAGGACGUAGGACACGGAGUCACCACCUGGUGGACGCUGCGAGGACAGACUGAGGAGACGACUCGAGUUCAGAUUAGAAAACUGUUUAUUCG